AUGGGGCAGCUGGCACGGCCUCAGAAUCCAUCAGCCCUCGUUAUAGCCCCUGUUCUUCCACUGUCCUCUUUUUUUUUCUUUCUUUCCUCUCCUCUCCUCACCAUCACCACCCUUCCUUUCCUCUGCCAGCCCUGUGUGGCAUGUUACUGCCCCUCGCUCCCCUCCUCGCUGGAACAUACAUCACACCCCCAGAGAAGGAGACGGCCAUCACAGCUGGCAGCUCUCACACUGAUUGACUUGGCACCCGUGCUGACUCAGACGCCAGGGGAAACAUUUUCGGAGAGGCAGGCACGGAUGGGUGAAAAAGUGUUGCCUGCAAGAAGAAGGGAGGAGGUGGAGGGGUUUGUAUGGAUUGGUACUGGCACAUUGAGGAUGUGUGUUUGGGCGGGGGAGACUCCACAAAUCAUCACAUCAAGUUUUUGUUGUGUUUACAAUCCUGGUAGCACCUCCUCUUACGCUGUCUGCCUUGUGUGUGUGUGUGUCUGCUUUCUUCUCCUCUGCUUAUCUUCAUGUCCUUUCCCCACCCUGGCCCUCUCCCUCUUUUAG